AGCUUUUUCUUAACAAAAAUGGGUAAAGAUAAAUUAUCAACUUCUCGUAGUCGCUUAUUCUCUCCAUGGUACGCCGAAGGAAAAGGUUCAUCCCUUGAAUUCGAGACAAUGGAUAAAACCAUGUCGGAUACCAUUUAUUCUAUUGAAAAACAUCAAUUGGAGCGCCAAAGAGAUAAAGAAGAAGACGAAUUGAUAGAUGACAUCCUUUUGUCACAAGCUCGAAACUUGGACCUCCAUCCUACCUCCUCGGUUUCAUCGGAAGAAACCUUGUCUUUUCAACUCUCAAAGGAAGACGAAGCUAUGGCAACUGAAUUUGUCGCCAACACAACAGACGUCUACAUGGAAACCACUUUAGCAGAAGCUAUUGCAAAUAAGGAGGAGGCUGUUACCACAUCAAAACAUGAUUUAUGCUCUACGGAUUCACAAGUCGCACUUGUCUAUACCAGAAUCGGCGAGUACCUUUCCACUUACGAAUCGGGAAGAAUCCCCAAAGCCUUUAAAAUUAUUCCUUCCUUGUCCAAUUGGGAUCACAUUUUAUUGUUGACAAAUCCUCAAUCAUGGACUCGUUUGGCUAUGUUGGAAGCCACCAAGAUCUUUCUCAACUUUAUUCGAGCCAACCAAACAAAGCUUUUCUUCCAAUGGGUCUUGUUACCUUACUUUAAAGAGCAUAUUGCAAAGACCGGCUCCUUCUCUCUUGAAGGACCUCUCUACCUUGCUUUAUCCAAGGCUUUACAUACAGCUCCAGCAUUAUUCAUUAAGGGGUUCCUUCUUCCUAUGGUAGAAAGCAACCGUUGUACUUUGGCAGAAUCCUACGCCUUGGCCAAUUUAUUGACACAUCAUCGAAAGCUGCCUGUCCAUCCAACCGCCAAUGCUUUAAUGAAACUCUCCGAGUUACCCUUCUCCUACAGCCGCCUUAUUAUCACCUCGGUGUUGCUCCGAAAGCGCCUUCCAUUACCUAACAGAGCUGUGGAUACCCUCGUCGUCCGAUUCUUUGUUAAAUCCAAUCUACCGGUGCAACUACCCCAUUUAUGGUAUGAAACAUUGUACACAUUUGUCAAGAAUUAUGAUAGGGAUUUGAUGGCUGGUCAAAAACAAAGAUUAUGUCAGUGGAUGGAGACAGUGGCUUCUCAUCCUACUUUGACAGCAUCCAUUCAAAAAGUAUUGACCUUGACCGAAAGUGAAUUGACCUACAGUAGUGAUGAUAGCAGUGCUAGUAGUGACAUGAUGAGCGAGUAAAAAAUCUCCCUUCAUCCCCAUGAAUUAAUUACCCUCCCCUCUCCUCAUAUCAGCGUGUAACGCAUUUUAACAAACAAAUAAAUAUAAAAUCAUAUG